GGAGGCGGUGCGCUGACCCUCAAAAGCGCAGCCAAGCCCGCCCACGGCAUUUGCUCCGCAGAAGCCAAAAUGAGCGCGUUCGUGUUAGAACCUGAGGCAAAUGCUCAGAUGCCUGCAGAGGCCAGGCCCGACGAGAGUACCGUGCAGGUGCUGCGCGACAUAGCCAACCGCCUGCGCAUCCACGCCAUCAGGACCACGUGCCCCGUGAGCUCUGUCUCCCCCACAUCAUGCAGCAGUACUGCCGAGAUCAUGUCUGUGCUGUUCUUUUACCUCAUGAGAUACAAACAAUCAGACCUAGAGAAUCCAGACAACGACCGCUUCAUCCUCUCCAAGAGACUGUCAUUUGUUGACGUGGCCAGCGGAUGGCUAGGGCAAGGCCUGGGGAUCUCGUGCGGGAUGGCAUACACUGGCAAGUACUUCGACCAGGCCAGCUACCGAGUGUUCUGCCUCCUGGGACAUGGUGAGUCCUCAGAAGGCUCUGUGUGGGAGGCACUGGCCUUCGCAUCCCACUACAGUCUAGAUAACCUCGUGGCCAUCUUUGAUGUGAACUGCCUGAGGCAUGGUGGCAGCUUCCCCUUGGAGCACUUCGUCAAGGUCUAUCAGAAGCGUUGUGAAGCCUUUGGGUGGAACACUUACGUGGUGGAUGGUCUUGACGUGGAGGCACUGUGCCAGGUGUUCUGGCAGGCAGCUCAUGUAAAGGGCAAGCCCACCACUGUGGUGGCCAAGACCUUCAAAGGCCGAGGCAGGCCGAACGUUGAGGAUGCAGAAAGUUGGCAUGGAAAGCCAAUGCCACAAGAGCAAGUAGAUGCAAUUAUCAAAUUAAUUGAGAGCCGGAUACAGACUAACAGAAGUCUUACACCACAACCCCCCAUUGAAGACUCACCUCAACUCAGCAUCGAGGAUAUAAAAAUGACGUCUCCUCCUGCUUAUGAAGUUGGUGACAUGGUAGGCAAAAACAUGGCUGAUUGA